AUGUUAGAUGUUGUGUCCAUGAUAUAUGGCGACGGAAACAAUGCUCUUUCUUUGCCUAAAGAGCCGGCUUUUUAUGAUGGCACCCGGAGAAGCUCCCCUGGGAUGGAGGUUGAGCAGCCGGAGACAGAUAAUGCAUCAGUAAAUAGAGUUACCAUCACAGUGAUGGAAGCAAGGCCGUCGAUUAUGAAGAGAUGGCAGAAGAAUUGGCGUUAA